UCAAAAUACAUACAAUAUCAUUGAAGAAGUCUUAGCGCUCUAAAAAUUCAUCCCAUUAAAGCUUCAUAUCAUAGUAAUUGACAACUCAAAAUUUGACUGAAAAUGACUAGGUGAGCUUCCGGGAAUUGAUUACUGCAAAGCAACAAUAGUAAAUUUUCUUGCUUUGUGCUAUAUAUACCUCAGAAUUAUUCAAUAGAGGAACAAAGCAAAGAUUUCUUGAUCUUUAUAGUGCAGAAAUGGGUUAUGAAAAACUUGCAUUGUUUCUGCUAUGUGCCCUUCUCUCUAGACUUGCUUUCUCCUCAUCCUCAACGUAUUUGUGCCCUAAAGAUCAAACUCUUGCUCUUCUACAAUUCAAACAGAUAUUUACCAUAAAUCCUGACGCUUCUCGUUGUUUAAAUUCUUAUCCAACGACAUUAUCGUGGAAUAGGAGUAGAGAUUGCUGCUCAUGGGAAGGAGUUAACUGCGACGAUACUACAGGCCAAGUGAUUGAGCUUGACCUCAGUUGCAGUCAACUUCAAGGCAAGUUUCAUUCCAAUAGUAGCCUUUUCAAACUGUCUAAUCUCAAAAGGCUUGAUUUAUCUGGUAAUAAUUUCUCUGGAUCACACAUUUCGCCUAAAUUUGGUGAGUUUUCUAGUUUGACACAUCUUGAUUUAUCAAGUUCAAGCUUUUCAGGUCAAAUUCCUUCAGAAAUCUCUCAUCUUUCUAAAUUAUACGUUCUUCGUAUCCCGAGCAAUCGUCCAAAUGUGCUUACACUUGGAUCUCACAAUUCUGAACUGCUCCUUAAGAACUUGACCCAAUUAAGAGAGCUUGUGCUUGACUCUGUCAACAUCUCUUCCACUAUCCCUCUAAAUUUCUCUUCUUAUUUAACAACUCUACAACUUCCAAACACACAGUUACAUGGGACAUUGCCUGACAGAGUUUUUCAUCUUUCCAACUUGGGAUUUCUUGAUUUGUCGAACAAUUCCCAACUCAAUGUUAGGUUUCCAAUGAGCAAAUGGAAUAGCAGUACAUCUCUCACAAAGUUAUAUCUCUACAGUGUGAAUUUUACUGGUAAUAUACCUGAAUCGUUUAGCUAUUUAACUUCAUUGAAUGAACUGGAAAUGGACUCUUGUAAUCUCUCGGGGCCUAUUCCUAAACCUAUAUGGAAUCUAACUCGUAUAGAGGCUGUGUACCUUUCAAAUAACCAACUUGAAGGACCAAUUUCCCAGUUCUUCAGAUUCGGUAAUCUCAAGAUCUUAUGGCUUAGAAAUAACAACUUCAAUGGCCGACUUGAGUGCUUGAAUGGGACACAACUUAGGUACUUCGAUUUUUCGUCCAAUUCCCUAACUGGUCCAAUUCCUUCCAGCGUAUUCUCCCUCUCAUCACUAUUAAGGUUAGAAUUGAGCAAUAACCAUUUCAGUGGCAAAAUUGAAGAGUUCAAGUCCAGAACAUUGGAGUAUGUUGCUCUAAGCCAAAAUCAGCUACAAGGUCCAAUUCCAAAGUCACUCCUAAACCAGCAGAACCUACAAUUUCUUUACCUUUCUCAAAAUAAUCUCAGUGGACAGAUUGCUUCAACCAUCUGCAAUCUUAAAAUAAAAGUGCUAGAUCUAGGAAGCAAUAAUUUACAGGGAACAAUCCCAGAAUGUUUGGGUAAGAUGAAUAGUACUGCGGUUUUGGAUUUUAGCAAUAAUAAUCUUAGUGGGACAAUUCAAGCAAAUUUUAGUAUUGGAAACCUCCUCAGAGUCAUUAAAUUGCAUGGGAAUAAGCUAGAGGGGCAAGUCCCAGGAUCUUUGAUCAAUUGCAAGUAUUUGCAACUACUUGAUUUAGGUAACAAUGAGUUGAAGGAAACUUUUCCAAAAUGGUUGGGAAUCCUACCAAAUUUGAGGAUUUUAAAUUUGAGAUCAAAUAAGUUGCAUGGGUCUAUCAGAGUUUCAAGGAAUAGAAACUUGUUUCCACUACUUCAAAUUAUGGAUCUCUCAUCCAAUGCAUUUAGUGGGAAUUUACCAGCAAAUCUUUUUAAGAUUUUCCAAGCCAUGAAACUUAUUGAUGAGAACAUGAGUACACCAAGGUAUGGAGGAGGUAAAUAUGAUUCUGUGACAAUUAUAACAAAGGGAUUGGAUCGUUUAUUUGUUCAAGUUUUGGCUACAAACAUAGUUAUUGAUCUCUCAAAGAAUGAAUUUAAAGGUCAGAUUCCAAGUUCUAUUGGAGAUCUCAUUGGGCUUCGUACGUUGAACUUGUCUCACAAUGGAUUAGAAGGUCUUAUACCAGCAUCACUACAACACUUGUCUGUACUUGAAUCAUUAGAUCUCUCAUUUAACAAAAUUGGUGGAGGAAUUCCACAACAACUCGCAUAUCUCACAUCACUUGCAGUCGUAAAUCUCUCACACAAUCAUCUAGUUGGAUGCAUCCCUAAAGGAAAUCAAUUUGAUACUUUCGAGAACAGUUCAUACCAAGGGAAUGAUGGAUUACGUGGAUUUCCACCCUCAAGAGGCUGUGGUGAUGACGGAGUAACACAAGCGACAACUCCAGUUGUGCUAGAUCAAGGAGAAGAAGAAGAUUCAUCAAUGAUCAGUUGGCAGGCGGUUCUCAUAGGUUAUGGUUGUGGACUAGUUAUUGGACUGUCCAUAAUAUACAUAAUGCUGUCAACUCAAAAUCCAUUAUGGCUUUCCCGGAUGGUUUUAGAAUGGGAAGCUACAAUCGUUACGAGAAUGAAAAAACACAAGAAAAGACAUUAGUGUGUUUAGGUUUCAAGUCUAAUAAGUUGUUGGAGAUGCAAAUAUAAGUCUUUGUCUUUCACAGUUUAUUAUGAUGUUUCAUGAAGUGUUUGUUACCAUAUGAAUAAGGACAUGAUUUUUCUUC